AUGACGGCUACCGAAGCUAAGUUCAAGGGUAUCCCACGCAGCCAUCCUUUUCCUGAGGAGAAAGUGGGCUGGAGAGGGUAUGUUGAAUGGGAGGACAAACCAGACAGGAAAGCUCCCGCUACUCAGAUUCUCAAUACGAAGCACUUCAUGCCUCCGCCGGAAUUCCAGCUUGUCCCGCUCCCAGACACCAACCCGAUAUUGAUUGGCCACCGCUGGAAAGAGUAUCACGAAGCGCUGGGUCUGAAGAGUAUCGUCGCCCAGAGCUGGGCCACAGUCUGUAUAGAGAAGCCGGGCAUGAUACACAUUCUCGACUUCCCGUACAACGGAGAGAUACCGCGCGAGCCCUUGUUGGCGGGCAAGAUUACUGACAACCAGUAUCACUUUGUUCGAAAUCACAGAAGGAUUCCAGACAUUGAUGAAGAUGCCUUCGAGCUGGAGGUCGGCGGGCUUGUUCGCAGGCCCGUGGAGUUCGUCAUGAAAGAACUCAAGGAUCCGUCCAAAUUCCUUGUGAACCUUGGGGAGAAGGCGCUAUGUAGUGGUACGGCAGUCUACCGUGGUAUUUCAGUCAAGAAUAUCCUAGAUCGGGCGUGCGACGGUGUCUUGCCCGAAGCCAAGCACAUUAAAUUCAUCAGCGCUGACACAUACUUCAAGAAGAACAAUGUCUAUCACUAUGCUGUCUCUAUUCCCUACCGCAAAGUCAAGCAAGACCAGGAGGUAUUACUCGCUUGGGAGAUGAAUGGUGUGGCUCUGCCGAAGAUACACGGUUUCCCGCUGCGUGCUGUCGUGCCGGGUGUUAUUGGCGCCAGAAGCACCAAGUGGUUGUAUAAGGUCAAUGCACUCGCAGAGGCCAGUAUGGGGCCUGUUCAGCGGCAGGAAUACCCUUACUACCCUUCCCAGUUCGGCAAGCAUAACGUCAAGUGCUCAAAUGGAUUCUCAAUUCAGAACAUGCCCGUUUCGAGCGCAAUCAUGUUCCUGCUCGACAAACAGGUCAUCAUCCACGAGGGCAGCAUCGAAUUUCGCGGCUGGGCGUACAGCGGAGGCGGCGGUAACUGGGUAGAGAGAGUAGACGUCUCACCGGACGGAGGCUAUGUCUGGUAUUCCGUUGAACUUGGUGAUAUGACUGAGAAGCACUACUGGACAUGGCAGCUGUGGAAGAUCCGGCUGCCAGUCGAUGCCUCGAGUUCAAGUUGUGCGUGCGCACAUGGGACUCUUCCUGCAACACAGAACCAACCUUUGUUCGCUCCGCCUGGAAGUGAGCUAUAA